AUGUCUUCUCCGAAAAAGAAUAGUGCUUCAUCAAGAAAAAAGCAUUGCAAGUUGGGAUCAUCAUCCACAUUACUCAAUUUUCUGCUACAAUUCAACCUUCAUGUACUACUCUUCGUCUCAUUCACGUUCUUCAUCGUACGGCCAGUAAAUGCCCAAACACCAUCACUAGUAAUCACCAACAAUAAGCUCACCUCUCGAGGUUUUACAGCCAAAUUCAUAACAGCCACCGAUCUUUCGGCAAGUCUUUCAUCCUCCAACUCGGGAUCAACCCUCACUAAUGUCAACUUCUUUAUAUUGAAUAUGAGAGGAGGACAUUUCGAAUAUCGAAACGGAAAUGUAUCUCUAUUCGUCAACUCCUUCACCUCCAACGAUAUUCAGCAAGGAAAGGUUCUCUUCAUACCAGAUGGUUUUGUUGGUUCAACAAGCAACAUCAACUCUCCCAUUGAGUAUCCUGCAUACAAUGUGAUUGCUCAAGGCACCGUUCAAACAGCCUCGGGAAUUGUCUUUGUCAACAGUACAGUCUCAUCAGCUCAAGUGACUUAUUCUAGAUGGUCAGAGCCAGCCUUACCUCUCACUUGGACUACAAUUUCGGCCUCAGCUCCCAAACCAAUUGUUAUCAACAGAUCCAAUUCUACUCAUGCAUAUUUUGAAGUUACCAUGUUCAAGAGGAAUUUGGAUUUAGAUGGAUCACCUGCGGCUUCUUUUCAUGUUGCCUUACAGAGUGACACUCUAUGUCAGACCUCAAGUAGUAUUGUGUUGAAUGCCUUGUCAGACAAUUUUGUGUUGGUGAAAGACAGCUCCUAUUCUCAGACUUUUGUUUUGAUACGUCCUUUGCGAGAUCAUUUAUCAGACUCGAAGGUUGUUAAAAAUAUGGCUGGAGUCUAUAUUGAUGCAAAAACAACUAUUUUCACUUCAUACAUGCUCUAUGACCUAACCGCAAGCACAUUCACAUGUAAAACCAUACCGUUCACCGAAGUGAUCAUUACUCAGGUGGAUCUCUCGUUACAACCCAUUCCUUCAACAGCUCAUCCAGAAAUUAGUCUCGCUCCUACUCGACUCGUAGUCUCAGAUUCGUCACAAAUUGAAGUUGGUAUUUCGGUGAGAAUUGCAGGCCUCAAUAAUGCCAAUAUUUUCAAUUGGAAUGUGAUAGGUCCUAAAUAUUUUGGUGUGCGAUAUCCAAUUCUUAUUGAUGUCAAAUCUGAUGCAAAAUAUUGGAAGUUAACUUUGGCAUCUAAUAAGGUUAAUCCUGGUGAUGACUUCAGUGGAAUCUACAUGGUUAGCUUUGAGUCACAAGUAAGUGGCCAAGCAGGAUCGACCUUAUAUCAAUUAUCCUUUGCAUUGCAAUACAUUGUUCCAAAUAAUGAUAAUGCAGGAAAUGGUGGAAACAAUGGGCUGAAUUUUGAUACACAGAUUGACACCUAUCUCGAUAAUCAUUUUGCAACCAGUCCACCACAAACACAAUUCUACAAUGACAGUCUCAUGUAUGUAAAAGUUUCCACGAUCAUUGUGCAAACUGGUGUAGGUGGUCUUUCACCCAUUCCAUCUUCUAAACAAGUUGCACCGUGGAAUGUUUUCAUAUGUUGCACUAAGAAUUUACAGGCCAUUCCUAGUAAUCAGUGCAGACAAUUCGAUUCUACCAUAAUGACCUAUCAAAAGCAGUUAAUUAUCAACGGAACUGUUAGUAAUGAUACAGAUGUCAAGUAUGGAUUUAAUCUUACCUAUCCAGAAGAAAUUUUAGGAAUUUCUGAUUGGGGUACAUUAAGGCACAUCUAUGCAUUUAGUUUAUUCUUGGAUCCACUUUUAACUGGACAAGAUAAGAGAUGUUUCUUUGCAGUAGAUACCUAUUUGGUGAAUGCUGAUAUUCCAAUUUUGCAAACAUUGAGUACCAGGAAGGUCGCAACCAUCUCCAAGCCCACCCUUAAGAAACUUUCCAUUCAUCAUAAUGGCAUAAUGCAAGAAAACCUAAUUGAUGUUGUGAGUACUGAUCAUAGCAUGACGAAUGACAGAAAAUAUUUAAGGAGUUUACAGGCAGUUGCAGCCUCGUCCAAUAUGAUGUCCACAAGCACAAGAGCGUUUGACUUGAUAGAACGAAUGACACCUCGUUUUUCUUCUACACCAGGGAUCAAAUCUCCAAAUCCCUCCACAAAAGUACAACUUCCCUCCAUACAGUACAUUUGUGAGAGUUUUGCAUUGCCUUGCAAACAAUUCCAUUUGCAUUACUGGAUCAUCAUUCUUGUGACGUGUCUGUACAUUUGCAUGCUCGAGCAGCUUUGGAUUCAAGCUUGA